CGGUUUCGCCCUGUCGAUUUCUAUCUUUACACCGUAGUAGCAAACGUUAGCUACACGUUAGCUACAGGUUAGCUAUGGAGCAAACAACACAGUUAGUGAUGUGUUUCAGGUCGUGUUAGCCGCUGACAGAAUGAGAUAAGAUGGAUACUGUAACGACAGAUUCGUCUGCGAUUGAGGAGGAUGUUUGUUCAGACUCAGAGGUGUUAUGUUUGAUGAGAGUCGGAAGAAAUUCAGACUGGCUUCGCUUGUUCGAAAACACUGAGAUCACUAUAGGACGUGGCUUGGAUGUAACUUACCAACUGUUGUCUCCAAGUUGUCCUCUGAUGAUCUCCAGACUGCACUGUGCUUUCAAGCAAAGGGAAGAUGGACACUGGACAGUCACAGACAAGAAGAGUCUCAACGGUGUGUGGGUGAAUGGAAAUCGCAUAACCGCUGAAGAAGCCCACCAGCUGAGGCUCGGAGACUCCAUACAACUUGGGGUUCCUUUAACUGGAACCUACGUGGAGUUUGACUACAUCCUCGUCCAGCGGCCCCUCAAAGACAUUAAACUCUACCUGACAAAGGGACACAAAGAGGGCGCCAAAGCAGCCCAAGUUCCCAAGAAGUCCAAGAGGAAGUUGACGGUGGAAGAAGUCGAGCCGUCUACCUCAAAGCCCAAGCUCUACCGCUGCUCCUCUGCAGACAAGUCGUUUGCAAAGCCCUGCCCUCUGUCACCAGUGAAACGGCAGCAAAGGCUCAGUCACACCAUGCCACAGGAAACCGGACCCAGCCGACAAGUCCAGGAAGUAGACCGGCCCUCAGAUGACUCCAGCAGAUCACAAGGAGACCUGGACAACUUGCAGAUGUACAGCCAGAACAUCCUGAUGCUGAGGGAACAGGUGGACGACACCCAGAGGCAGGUCUCCUCGCUGGGGGGACAACCCAAGCAGGCUGACCCGCUCAGGGAGGAGCACGUCAGGGAGCUGCACGGUCAGCUGGAGACGCUCAGAGCCAAGAUGCACCGGAUGGAGACGUUAGAGAAGUCCUUCAGUGAAACUAAGAGGCAGCUGGAGGCAGAGAAAACACAGCAUCAAGAGGAGCUUAUGAAAAAACAGUUGCACGACGCCUUGCAGGAGCAAAAGAAAGUAAUAGACGAACUCGCCCUUUCCCGGGAAGACUUUGAAGAAAUUCUCUUGGCCAAAAACAAAGAGCUAGAAGUGUCAAAGGAGGAGAAAGAAAUGGCGAGGGCCCAAAAAGAGGAAGUAGUUACACAAGUGACCGAAGUUCUGGAGAACGAGCUUCAGUGCAUCAUCUGCUCCGAACUCUUCAUUGAGGCGGUCAUCCUGAACUGCGCUCACAGCUUCUGCAGUCACUGCAUCAAGCAGUGGCGCAAAAAGAAGGACGAGUGUCCCAUGUGCCGACAGGCCAUCCAGUCCCAGACCCGCUGCCUGGCCCUGGACAACUGCAUCGACAGCAUGGUGGAAAACCUGAGCCUGGACAUGAAGUCGAGGCGGCAGACCCUCAUCACUGAGAGGAAAGCAGCUGACUCAGGGGCUCAGGUGAUGGUGAUCCACGACGACGACAGCAGCAGCAGGAGUAGCGACAGCGACGGCAGCAUGGUGUCCAUAGAUAGCAGCCUGAGUUCUGUGGUCUCUGUGGACACAGACAGCAGCAUCCACUUGGACUCCAGUCCGCCCUACAGCGGUUACUCUGAUGAAAGUCUCGAUGAGUUGGACGAUUAGCCCUUUUCCCUCCUGCGGGCUGCAAUGUGAAUUGGACUUCUUUUGGUGUUGAAUUUCCCUGGAUUGUUCCCAGAUAGUACGCAAAGUUUACAUUCAGCACAUUCAGCACAUUCAGCACAUUCUGCACAUUCUGCUAUGGUCUACAGUUUUCUUUUUGUAAAAUUCUAAGUUGUCUUUUUUUCCGUUAUUUUCAAAAAAAGGAAUAAAGUUUUUUUUCCUACGCA